AUGUGGGGGUAUACUGCAAAUGGGACUUUCACUGUGAGAAGUGCAUACUACCUACAACAAUCUCUGGUCAGACAGAUGAAGGGGGAGUGCUCGAGUAUUGUAACUGGUUUGAUAGACUGGAAGCAUUUAUGGUCUCUAAAUGUCCCUAUGAAGAUUAAGCUGUUUGUAUGGAAAGCUGUUCACAAUGCUCUUCCUACUUUGCAAAAUCUGGCAAUCAAAAAGGUUGUUGAUGUUGACUUGUGUUCUAUCUGCAAGAGAGAAGUUGAGUCUGCACUACAUGUAAUAUGGUGUUGUCUCGCAGCUAGUGAUGUUUGGGCCAUGCCAAGCUGUCCCACACACAAGUGGCCUAAUUUCUUCCCUGACUUUAGUACUCUAUGGUUAUCUUUAUGUUCUAAGCUGGAUGUGGAUUCACUUCAGCUGGUCUGUUUUAUUAUGCGAAGGAUCUGGCUAAGGAGAAACUACUUUGUGCAUAGAAAAGAUUUAGAAAGCCCUCAACAGGUGGUGAUAGCAGCUACUGCAGAUAGAAAUCUGUUUUUAUGUUCAUUAACAAGCACAGAUGCAGCACCUUCUAAUAGUAUGAGUGACAGAGGAGACAUAAGGUGGAAAAAACCAAAAUUUAGAACAUUGAAGGCAAACUGGGAUGCUUCAGUUAGUACUAAACUCAAUAGAGAAGGCUAUGGCAUUAUUAUCCGAGAUGAGCAAGGGAAUAUAAUGGUUUGUGUGUGUGCAAGCCACAAGCCAGUUGUAAAGCCUGUGAUGGCAGAAGGCCUGGCCUUAAGGAGGGCAAUGGAAGUUUGUGCUGAUUUGGGCUUGGGAAGGGUGGUGUUUGAAGGUGAUGCUCAGAUCAUUGUUCAGGCAGUGAACUCUGAUGAGGUGAUUAGUGCAGAUUAUGGGGUUCUAGUUUAUGAUGCUCGAAGUAUGUUAAGAACUUGGCCUCAAUGGCAAGUUGUUUUUGUUCACAAAGAGGCCAACUAUGCUGCUCACCAGUUAGCAAAGUUAGCUUUAGACUAUGAGAAUGAGAAAAUCUGGAUGGAAGAUGGUCCAGUGCAGGUUAUGUCGACUGUACAGUUAGAACAGUCUAUGUAA